GGCGGCUGCGGACACGGGUGGGCUGCGGGGAUUACGGGGUGGGGUGCUCCCGGGGUGCUCCAUCAUUUGUGAGACAACGCUUGGGCACUAGUGACAUGCUCCAUCAUUUUUGAGGUUCUCCGUCACUUGUCAGACAACGCUCUGUUGCUCCAUCACUUGUGAGGCAACGCUUGGUCACUAAUGGCACACUCCAUCACUCAUGAGAUGCUCCGUCACUUGCGAGACAAUGCUCUGUUGCUUUUGAGAUACUCCAUCACUUGUGAGAUUCUCCCUCACUUUCGUGACGACGCUCCAUCACUCGUGGAAUGCUCCAUCACUUGUCAGACAAUGCUCCAUUGCUCUUGAGAUGCUCCAUCACUUGUGAGACAAUGCUCCAUCGCUAAUGACACGCUCCAUCGCUCUUGAGAUGCUCCAUCACUUGUUUGACAACACUCCAUCACUUGCACGACGCUCCGUCACUCGUGAGACAACGCUCCACCACUUGUGAGACGCUCCAUCCCUUGUGAGAUAACACUGCAUCACUCGUGAGAUGCUCCACCACCCCUUGCAGACAGCCCUGCAGUCGCCACAGGGAAGGGAGAAGGGGCUGCGUGUCCCUGCCAAGGGACAAUGCUCCUGAUGUGAAGAUGUGGCCAGCCUCCUGGGAUAUGGUUUGCAGAGCAGCUGGUGCAGACAACUGGUGCUUCCCGGCUGCCUACCACGCUGGGGGAUGAUGGGGCCUGCUCUGGGCACUGACGUGUAUUUGGGAUGAUCUGAGCGAUAACAGAGUUUUUCAUCCGGCUGCCUGCAGCUCCCUCUGCACCACCCCUGCAGCCGCGGAGAGGGGGAUGGCCCUCGCGGGUCCCCUGGGUGCCGUGGGAAGUGCUGGCUCCUCGGCUGCGCGGAGGGAGUCGCACACGCCGCUGGGACCACUGGCAAGUCAUGGCUGCGCUCGGCAUGGGGCUGCGGCUCCCGCUGCGCCGCAGCGCCAGCUUCACCCCUGACCACCCUGCCCUCAUGGAGAUGCCUGGUCCCACCACCCUGAAGAUGGAAGCAAAUGUCCUUGUUAUGGGAGCGGACAAUGUGGGGAAAUCAGCUCUGACUGUGCGUUUCCUCACCCGGCGCUUUAUCGGGGAGUACGGAGACAUGGAAUUCAUUUACAGCCACAACCUAACUGUGGAUGGCCGAGAGAUUCUCUUCCACAUCUGGGAUGUCCCCAGUUCCCAGGAGCAGGCAGAGGAGGGUUCCUCGGAGGAGAAGCGAAUCCAGUGGGCAGACUGCUUUGUCCUGGUCUACAGCAUCUGCGAUCGCGCCAGCUUCAACAUCCUGCCCCUCAAAAUCCAGUUCAUCAAGGCAGCCAAGGAGGGGCAGAGCCAGGAGAAGGUGCCCAUCGUCAUUGUGGGCAACAAACGGGACCUGCACCACCAACGGGUGGUGUCCAGCGAGGAGGGUCGGCUCCUGGCCCUCUCUUUAGACUGUGGUUUCUAUGAGGUCUCUGCAGCUGAAGCUUAUCAUGGGGCCCUCAUGGUCUUCCACGGACUGGCUGAGCGCAUUCCUGACACCAAACUGGCGCUGAAAAAGGGGACGGGGAUUCGUGGCAUCGUCAAGACCAUGUCAGCUGUGUUUGCCCGUAAGCGAACGGAUUCACUCUGAGCUAUGGCAUGGGUGUUGCUUCUCUCUGCAGUGACCAGCUGGACCAAGCCUCCUCCCUGGAUGCCCAUGGAGAUGGUGUGCAUUUCCAUAAGUACAAUGGGUUCCUUGUUGUCCUCCUAACGUCGGGAUCUUGGUCUUCUGCCAUACACAGCCAGUGCAGCUGAGGACUGUAGUGCCUUCCUCUUGGCUCCAUGAUAGGACAGAGUCUCUACUCUUUGCUGUACCAGAUUUUUAGUUGCCUCCUGAGUUUUCCUUCCAUCCUCCAGUGCUGGAAACCACCAGGUGAUUUUUGCCACUACUCCAGGCAGCAUCAUCCCCAGCUCCUUUGGUGGAAGCUGCCUGGGUUGUCGAUGAGCAGGGAGGACAUGCUGCUUCUGCACAGCCACCUGGCUCCCUGUCCCCCUGCUCCUGCCCUGGGAUCCUUAUUCCUGUCUUCUCACUGGUAACCCUGGAGCACCCAUGAGCUGGCAAGAUGGGGGUUUCUCCACCAGGAAGCCGCACCAGCUGACUCCAGAGGACCUCAGUGAGGGCUGACGCCUCCCAUCCCACCCACUUUGCUUUUGAACUGCCCUGCUGGUGGUUCUUUCGCCUACAGCCUUUCAGUGAUUGCAGCAGUUUCCUUUGUGCAAGUGUCAUACGGGCCCUGCCUGGGAAAAUCCAGGCGCGUGGCUGGUUCCCAGGGUGGGGAUUGCACCGUCCGCCUUCCCAAGCUGCUCCUUCUGCAGAGCUGCGUGUCCCUAGGGAGGAGACGAGGUGGGGAAGGGGUCGCCAGGCUCAACGCUGAACGCUUGUGCUGCUGGGAGGAUUUUCACUGCCUAUUCCCAAACCUUUCCCCUGAUUUGCCUGGGAAAGCAGCAUGUUGGGCAUGUGUGUGCAGUACAGACAGUGAUUUCUCUGCUCUGUUCUGGAAAAGCAAUAAAUCAUCUUUGGCAGGAGGUCCCCA